AAGGCACUUCAAUUUCCAUUAUUUACACUAAACAUAGUUUUGUUGUUCCUGUCUUUAACUUUUUGUUUUUGAGUUGCAGAUUUAAUUGAAAUGGCAGUGGAAUAUGAAAUUGAGCAUCCAAGGAAGGCUUUUGGAUGGGCAGCUAGGGAUACAUCUGGUCUUCUCUCCCCAUUUUUCUUCUCCAGGAGAAAAACAGGUGAAAAAGAUGUGACAUUCAAGGUGUUGUACUGCGGGAUAUGUCACUCUGACCUUCACAAGUUGAAGAAUGAAUGGAGUGACUCCAUUUAUCCACUUGUUCCUGGGCGUGAGAUUGUUGGAGAAGUGAUAGAGGUGGGAAGCAAAGUAGAAAAGUUUAAGGUUGGAGACAAGGUAGCAGUGGGAUGUUUGGUUGGGUCUUGUUCCUCAUGCCAAAACUGUGUCAACAAUCUUGAGAAUUAUUGCCGGCAAGCGAUUCCCACAUAUGGUGCCAAGAAUGUGGAUGGCAGCAUCACAUAUGGAGGAUUCUCUGACUUCAUGGUUGCAGAUGAACACUUUGUUGUCAACAUUCCAAAUGGCCUACCACUUGACGUUGUUGCUCCUCUCCUUUGUGCAGGGAUCACAGUGUAUAGUCCUUUGAGAUAUUUUGGCCUUGACAAACCUGACAUGCACCUAGGAGUGGUUGGCCUUGGUGGAUUGGGUCAUUUGGCUGUCAAGUUUGCAAAAGCCCUUGGCUUGAAGGUCACUGUCAUUAGUACCUCUCCUAGUAAGGAACAAGAAGCCAUUCAACAUCUUGGAGCAGAUUCCUUUGUGCUUAGUAGAGACCAAGAUCAAAUGAAGGCUGCAAUGUGCACCUUGGAUGGUAUAAUCGACACUGUUUCCGCAGUCCAUCCUAUCAUACCCUUGAUUGAUCUAUUGAAGUCUCAUGGGAAGCUAGUGACGGUUGGGGCACCAGAGAAGCCUCUCGACUUGCUACUUCCAUCUUUAAUUAUGGGGAGAAAAAGUAUAGUGGGGAGUUACAUCGGAGGAAUCCAGGAGACACAAGAAAUGAUUGAUUUCGCAUCCGAACACAAUGUUAGACCUGAAAUUGAGGUAAUUCCGAUGGAUUAUGUGAACACAGCAAUGGAGCGUCUACUCAAAGCUGAUGUUAAAUAUCGCUUUGUCAUUGACAUUGGGAACACACUGAAGCCCUACCCUUCCAUUACUUUGGAGUGAUUCACCUUCAGUUAUAAAACAGAGUCAUCUCUAUAUUUCGAAUUCCUAAUGUGAUUCCCAGACACACAUUCUCUUUUAAAUAAAGAGAACUCAAUAAUUUCAUUUACUAAUUUUUCAUGUGUCAUAUCCACGAUAUUUCAUAAUAUAUAUAUAUAUAUAUAUAUAUAUAUAUAUAUAUAUAUAUAUAUAUAUAUAUAUAUAGAUAUUCAAUAUUAACUUAUGUAAUAUAAAUUAUAUAUAAUUUUGACAAUUAAA